AUGCGUAAGCUCGCAAUUGUAAGGGAAUGUAUCUCAGUCCACAUCGGCCAAGCCGGAGUCCAGAUCGGAAAUGCCUGCUGGGAGCUAUACUGCCUGGAGCACGGCAUCCAGCCUGAUGGCCAGAUGCCCUCCGACAAAACCUUGGGAGGCGGAGACGAUUCCUUUAAUACCUUCUUCAGCGAAACUGGCGCUGGGAAGCACGUCCCUAGAGCCGUGUUCGUGGACCUCGAGCCUACUGUCGUAGACGAAGUCCGCACCGGUACAUACCGUCAACUCUUUCAUCCGGAACAGCUUAUUACUGGUAAAGAAGACGCGGCGAACAACUACGCGCGCGGUCACUACACCAUCGGAAAAGAAAUCGUAGAUGUCGUCUUGGACAGGAUUAGGAAGCUGGCUGAUCAAUGUACUGGUCUGCAGGGAUUUCUAGUUUUCCACUCGUUCGGAGGCGGCACUGGGUCCGGCUUCACCUCGCUGCUGAUGGAACGUCUGUCAGUAGAUUAUGGAAAGAAGUCUAAACUGGAAUUCUCCAUAUACCCUGCUCCUCAAGUGUCAACAGCAGUGGUGGAACCUUACAACUCCAUCCUCACGACCCACACGACGCUGGAGCACUCGGAUUGCGCGUUCAUGGUCGACAACGAAGCGAUCUACGACAUCUGCCGUCGAAACCUCGACAUUGAGCGCCCCACCUAUACCAACCUCAAUAGGCUCAUUGGACAGAUCGUGUCCUCGAUCACCGCGUCUCUUCGUUUCGACGGCGCCCUCAACGUGGAUCUGACGGAGUUCCAGACCAACUUGGUGCCCUAUCCUCGCAUCCACUUCCCUCUCGCUACAUAUGCACCUGUCAUCUCCGCGGAGAAGGCCUACCACGAACAGCUCACAGUUGCGGAGAUCACCAACGCCUGUUUUGAACCUGCGAAUCAGAUGGUGAAAUGUGAUCCGCGUCACGGCAAAUACAUGGCUUGUUGUAUGCUGUACAGAGGUGACGUGGUACCAAAAGACGUGAAUGCUGCCAUCGCUACCAUCAAGACUAAGAGAACCAUCCAAUUCGUAGACUGGUGUCCUACAGGGUUCAAGGUGGGCAUCAACUACCAGCCACCCACAGUGGUGCCAGGAGGAGACCUCGCUAAAGUGCAGCGAGCAGUUUGCAUGUUAUCCAACACUACCGCCAUCGCUGAGGCUUGGGCAAGACUCGACCACAAAUUUGACUUGAUGUACGCCAAACGUGCUUUCGUCCACUGGUACGUUGGAGAAGGUAUGGAGGAGGGAGAGUUUUCAGAGGCUCGUGAGGACUUGGCGGCACUUGAAAAGGACUAUGAGGAAGUCGGUGUUGACUCCACUGAGGGCGAGCUUGAUGAGGAAAACGAGUACUAGAAGAAACUCUGUCAUCAAAACCAGUGUUGCAAUACAUUAAAAUUAGUGACGUAGCUACCGUUAUAUCUACCGUAAGAAUUACAAGGCGCUUUGAAAUAUAGGGCUCCUACGAAUUCUUGUAAGACCACGAAUUCUUGUAUUCACAAUAAAAAUAUUUUGUUCCA